UUUAUUUUUGAAUUCAUUUGAAUGGGAAAAUUUUAAUUGUCUCAUUUGGCUUUUUAAUUAUAAUUAUUUUCUUUUUGCUUGAGUUUUAAUUACAAUUAAUGAUGACUAGUGAUCAACAAUCAGCGUUUUAUCUUGUAUAUAAAUCUUGUCCAUCGUUUUGGUCAAAUUAUAAUAAAAGUUGUUCUUGGUUAAAGAGUCAAGGAUUCAAGCCAGUUAAUUGUCCGUUUGUUUGUCCAACUGAAUCAAUUGUUGAUCAACAAAUUGUCUUGGAAAAUAUUUCCAAUUCGAUCAUAAAACCACCAAAUAAUCAGGGUGAUGAUUCAAUAAAAGAAGAUGAUUCUCAUAUCGAUGAUGAUUACAUUCGUUUCAUCAUCGAGACUCGUAAACAUCAAAAGGAACAAGAACAACUCAAGGCUGAAAGAAUUAAAAUGGAGGAAAACGAGGAGAUAAUUUACAAAGAUAUUUGUGAGAUUGAUCAACAAAGACUAAUCGGAUCAUCUGAACAAAACUCGGUACAAACUGAUUAUCUCAAUCUCUAUGGAUCUGAAGCCGAAACAAUCAAAUCAAAAGAAACUCUUCUUCAAAGUGAUUUCAACGUUUACUGUGAUACUCACAAUCCUCAAUUCUGGCCAACGAUUCCAAUCAAAAUUUAGUAAACCUUUUUUGUUUUUAAUCAACUAAUACUUAAUGCUGUUGAACUGCUAGUCAAUUUAACUGUCACCAAACCGUUUGUAUUGCAAUUGAUUUCCUAUAUUUUUGUUUUCUUGCAAAUUUAUUUCAAACUAACAAAUAAUGAAAAAAAUUUUUCAAGUCACUAAAA